AUGGGAGCUGGCGACGACUCAUCGUUCUUUCUGUACGGUGUGGGGGAGCGGCCCGAGGCCCUAACCCUGGGGUCCCUCGUGUUGGAGAAGUAUUGGCAGCCCAUGAUUGCACGCCAUUACACACACGAACUUUUAAGCGAUGAUGAUCUCCGCAAAAAGGCCUACACCUCCAAUCUCACUAACGUAGUCCUUCACGGGACGAGCCGGAUAUCACCAUCCGUGGGAGUUGAUGCUGGCGAUAUCGUGAAUCUCAAUCUCGCAUACGACAAAGACCAUGAAAGAAUUGUUGUUGCGGAGAAAGGGACUCGGAUCAUUCUUAAAGACCCGGAGGACUUUCUGACAGAGAAUGUCCUGAACAAUCCUCUUGCCCAGCAGAAGCUGAAAUUAUGGCUAUCUGCUGCCUAUAGUGCCUAUGUGCUUAACUUCAAAUUCGCUCGACGGCCAAAGGUCUGGUUAAUGACUGGGCUAUACCUAUUGGAAGGAACCAAGACAGUCGUUUCGAGAAGCGACUCCGCCAAAAUAUCCGCAGGCGUUUCUUCAGCACUCAUUGGCGCUCUGUCCGGCGUACCUAUCGGUGGUUCUGUGAGUUUGGGAGUGGGCUCAUCAUGGGACCUAACUAUGGAGGUCUCCGAGCCUCAUGUCUGGGCAGCCCAGUACCGGUUACUUGAUGCGCGCUUCAUAAAAAUGGGAAAGAAUGGUGUGGAUGGGGUGAAAUUGCCGACUACCCUCGGUCUUUACAGGGACGUUAUGUCGGUGAAUACGGCCCGUGGCGGUGGGGGUCAGUCGAUUGAGCUGGGUCUCCAGCAGGACGAGAAGCCCGAGACAGAGACCGAGGCAGUGUUGGGUGCACCCGUGGAAGAUGACCAGGACAGUCUGGAGUUGGAAGAGUACGAAAAGCGGCUUGAACAAGCAAUUGAGAUUUUUGAGAAAGCACCGAAGCAUUUCCUGCAAUGA